AUGUGGCGACGUGGGGUUCAGGCUGUGCGGCCAACUGUGGCGUCGAUGUAUGGCACAGUUGUGCGGACCAAGACGACGUGGCGCGCUGGAGGCCAGGGGCAACGAUCAAUGCCAGCUGCUGAGAUUUUUGGAACGGGGCUCGGCUUGAUUGCAGGUGUAGGGUUGGGGGCUGGCUUGUGCGUGGCUUGUGACACGGCAACCACCAGCGUCGAACCCAUCACCAAGAUUGCCUUCCCCACCUCGAGCGGCCGCUUCCAGCUCUUGGGCCAUGGCUGCCGCAAAAAGUAUGGCUUGUUCAGCGUCUACGCAGUGGGCUUGUUUGUGGAUCGGGAUGAUGCAAAGGCAUGUCAACAGUUCUCCCUGCCUGACAUCCAAGCGGGCCACGUUGCCGCCCGCCUCGAGCUUGCCUUUGCCCGCACUGUUGAUCAAGCUACCAUGAUCGAGGCCCUGGCCGACAGCGUGGCGCCCCGCCUACCGACUGGGGAUGAAGCCGCCGCAGCCGAACUUCAGGAACUGUCUGCAGCUCUGCUGCAGGUUUCACAAGGCCAAUCUUUUGCCGUGCAUUCCCGACUUUGCUUUGACUGGGAGCCGCGCCGGGAUCUGCUUGUCAUCGGCCUCGAGGGUGGCUUGCCAGUCACCAUCAAGGCACCUCGUGUCGCCCGUGCCCUCUUUGACGUCUACUUGGAUGAGCAAGCCGUCUCUGCCGACGCCAAAGCCAGCUUUCAGCAAGGCAUUGAGCAAAUGUUUGCGCACCCGCAAUGA